AUGACCUCCACUGCGGAUGGAGUAGAGGAAGCGACCUCGGUUCUGCUUGACGUGCCAGCACUCGCAUCAAGGCCUCUGUCGCCGUCGCCACCACCGCUGGUUUCUUCCGCUGAUGCGGAGCCGCAGCUUCUAAAGCCUCCACCAUCGGCAUCAUGUGACCAGCAACAAGACGCUCCACUCCCUCUGCCUCUGCCCGCCUCACCCAUGACACGCCGGUGCAGGCGGCCCCUCUCCUCAGCAAGCGCGUCCGCACAUUACCUCACCACAACCACCGCCGCCACUGCACGGAGCCGCAGCCCUCGCAACUCGGCCGCAGUGCGUUCUGCAGCCCCCUCUCCUUCCACGUCUCUGGCACCACCUAGAAGGCAGUGCCUACAACGCUCCCGAACAGCGACCACCGCGGAGAGCCGAACCACUCCGUCGCCACCGACAUCUGUUCUGCCACUACCACAGCCCGCACCAUCAUCGCCGCCGCUUGGAAGGGCCUCAGUGCCACCGCUGAGGAGCACAGCAGCGCCUUCUGCUGGUGGCCGCAGCACGUCAGCAGCUCGCACGCAGUCAUCACAGCAACAGCAGCGGCAGCAGCGCUCCACACAGCCCGGGACUGCACCCCGUCUGGCAACAGCGGUGAGGGGGACGUCGUCAGCCGUAUCGCCGUACCGCUCACUCAUUGACGCUGUCCUGGAUGAGCAGUUUAUGGUCGGACCGGGCUCACCGCCGUCGCAGCAGCAGCAGCAGGCGGCAGCCGCAGGUGUGGUCGUGGACGGGGCUGACACCAUCCUGGCAGAGGUGAUUCCGAGUAAACGCCGAAAAUGCGGCGGCGGUGUGGCAGUGCGGCUGCAGCAGCACGGGGCGCAGCACCUCGCCGGCCUCGGUCGAACUGAAGGGGACCUCGGCGAUGGUGAUGAUAGCGAGGACGAUGGUAAAAUUGCGGACCCUACGCUGGCGCCGCUUCACCAACAAGCUCUGAGGCUCCAGCCGCUUCCACCCGCAGCUUCUGCAUCGGUGUUGAUAGAGGCGGCGGCACUGUUGGGCAGCGACGGGGGCGAGCAAGCGGAGACGUUGGCGGACAUCGUUGCCGUCGCACCAACGCAGUCGGCCAUGCAGUCGGCUGUGCAGUCGGCGUUGGCGACAGAGCGCGCGCGCCUGCUAUGCAAUAGUCCCUGCACGGGACUCACACAGGACGCCGCGGGCGGAGUGACAGGGCUGGAGGCUGCAGAGGCCAGAGAGCGCUUGUGGCGGCCGACGACAGAGCCACGUGUCGCGGCACGGGCCUUCCGCCACACUGGUGUUCGCGGUGCAGUAACUGACAGACACGCCGGCGCUGCCUCUACGAGGGUGCCGAACUCGAUGAGAGCGGCGGCGCCACCGCCGGCACUGCCCACUGCGUUUGCGGAGUUUUUGAAAGUCGAGGCCGACGCUGAGGCGGCUGUGCAGGGCAGAGAAGCGACUGCCACGUGCGCCACAGAGCGCCAACAACAUGCCUCAUCGCCACACCACACCCACAACGUCGCGAGCCCACGCGCUGGUGCGUCGUCGAUGUCAGCCCCUACCACAACCCUCCCGACCUCGUUCACGCUUGCGGCUUCCCUGCCGGUGAUGUCGCCGGCAGCCGAGAGCGCAGCAGUUUUGCAAGAGCUGAAAGCUGUGCAGCGACGUCUGCGCGAGCACGGGCAUCGCCUAGAGACUGCGGCGGCAGCGACCGGAGCGACACCACCGGAGGCAUGCCCCCCUGCUGCGGCGCCGCCUAAAGGCAUGCAGGGACUGGAGAGCUGCUCCCCUUGUGACAUCUCCACCAACGCCUCAUCGGCCUCAUCGACGGCCACUAAUAGCAGCAGCACGCCAACGGAGCAUAACAAGCGGCACGACAGCGCUCGCAGGACCCGCGUGGUGGGGCUCCGUCGCGCCAGCUCCGAGUACUGGGUCACCGCCUCCUUAACAGAGAUCGUCGACGCUCUUGAUGGACAAUGCGCCGCCUCCCUGGCGCGGGAGCGCCGAACGCACAAGCGGAAACGCAGCCAAGCAAACUUUGAUCCCGCCAGCUACGCCCGGCGUCUUCUGGACACGACCGCUCGCUCGUCUACCUCGUUGACCGCCUCAGACGACGACGAUGGCGAGUACGACACCACCGGCUGCCACAGCCGGGGCGUGCAGGAAGGGAGACGUGGCGGUGGGCAAGGAAGAGCUUCAGAGAGAAGUCGCUAUCAUCGCUUAUCAAGCGCGCCAUGUGCGUUGGGCGGUCUCUCGCCAGCCUCGCUGAAGCGUGAGGCCCUCCUCCGCUCCGGGCCGGCGUGGGCCACCGCGGCAGCUGAGCUUGGGCUCACCCCGACAGAGGUGCAAGACCUCCUGCGGUACAGCCUCAGCUCCACCGACGCUGCUGCCGCAUGGCUUGCCUCUGCUAGACUCCAUACACACAAUGUCAAGGGAGUCGUCAAAGCUGCGGUGGACACGCAGGACAAUGACGAUGUUGGCCGAGCACGCACAUGGCGGGGAAAGAAACGCAGCAGCAGCAACGGCGAGGUAGGCGGACCUCCAUCAGUGGCGCAGACGCACCGCCCACAUCGAUUGGCCUCCGCAUCGCUGGAUGUGGCAGCGCAGACCGCCCUUGUACAACGUAUCGUCGCGGCGAUGCCCGCCAUCCCUACCGAUCUGCAGGCCGAGUUGAGCCGCCAGCGCCGUCUUCUGGAGCGAGUCUGCCGCGAUGUGAGCUGCAUGAGCGCGUCAGCACACGCUGCCGUGCGAGCACGCCUAGCGUCGCCGACAGUGUCCUCUGCGGCUGCUCGCCAGCCGUCGUCAGUGGAGCUCAGCACGGGUGUAAGGGGAGGAGAAGGGUUGCAGACAAUUUUACCGACAGCCGCAGAGGCACACAAAGUGCAAGCACAGCACGAGGAACAUCAGCAGCUGUUAUUCGCAUCCCUACCGCGUCCAGCGGCGCAGGCGCUGAUAACUGCCAGCGGGCUUCGCGGCGCCGCAGCGGACCCGUCACGGCCACUUCCACCCUUCCACGCCGUCGUGGCACGUCCCACGCGGCACACGGCGCCUGUUACUCCCGCCUCGCCAAUGAGCAACGGCGCCUCGACACCGCGAGAGCCAUACGAGACCGCGCUGCGCGAACUGGCAGAGCGGGAGACGCGCCACUACGUCAGUGAGCUGGACCGUCUCCGUACCAUGUACGACCGCCAGCUUCAAGAGGAGCGCCGCCAGCGCCAGCAGGAGCGGCGACAUUACGCCGAGCUCCUCCAGAGCCAGCAGCAGAAGAUGCUACGUCACCAUCGCGAGACGGUGCACCUGCUACAGCGGGAGUCUCGCCUUCAACAGCAGCAGCAGGAGUCGCUCGUCCAGAAGCUGGCCGCCUCGCAAGCGGCGGCAGCACAGCGACAGCAAACUCAGCAUGAGCAGGCGACGAAGCACAUGCUCGCAGGUGCAGUGGAUGUGAUGAAGAGCUACGUAACGGCAGAGGGUGUUGGAGGAGGCAAACAAGUAGAGAUGGGGCCUCCAGCUGGGUUGACUGUUGCCCCCGGCGUCAUGCAGAAGCGUCGACGGCAACAACAGCGGAAGCGGCCCGUCGGCAGCUUAGAUCCAUCCCUGGCCGUGGCACACGGCCCUGAUGAGAGUGACAACAGUGGCACUGGGAGAAAGUAUACAGCAACAGGCGCUGGGGAUACAUCAGCAGCAGCAGCAGCCGCAGGCGUUGCGGUCACGGCUGGGACGCCCCCUCACCCAUCGGUGCAUGGGCCCAUCGCGGGCGCUGCAUCGCGGACGAGCCCACUGCGGCGUCCAGCCAGUACAACAAAUGCCGCGCCCUCCUCAGUGUCGUCGACGGCCACGUCACCGUCACGGGGCAUGCACGCCUCACCGGCAAAGCAGAACUACGAAGAAGGCGCGGUGACGCCAACGGCAACAGGCAAGAGAGGAGAGCGGCACCACACCCCUGACAUAACGCUAUCCGUGGCCCCCUCUGUGUCAGCUCUUGUGCCAACACCGGCGGCUUCCACACAAGCAGGAGUCGCGGUUGCCGGUGCAGGGCCGCCCACGAACACACCAGAGAUGCUGCGUGCCGUGUAUGGCGGCGAUGCUGGGCCACCGCCGCGACGGCCGCGGACACAGGGGCGCAUGACGCUCCCUCUGCAUGUGCAACUCCCUCCUGAGGAGGACACGACCACGCGCCAACGUCUCGGCGAGGCAGCGCUAAUGGCCGAGUUGUCUGACCUAUGCGCCAUGGCGGCAGCGCACGACGCAGGGCUUGCAGAGGGUACGCGCCUCUAUGGCGUCCAGCCUCGCCGUCCUCGCCUCUCCAAGCCAGCACCCUCCCCCAACACCGGGGAGGCGGCAGUAGAGAGGCUCAACCAGGCUGCCCCGCGCAGAGCUCUGUCGGCGUCGCCGUCGUCCGCGGCUGUCAAGCGGCGCGCGCGCGCCCCCGACAGCGGGAAGGUCGCGAGGAGGAGACGUGCAGAGUCGCGGUGGAGCGGCAGCGGGCGUAGCCGUGGCGGUCGAGCAGUAGGCAGCGGUUUCAAGAACCCGGGGCCCUCCACGGGUCGACGCUGGCGGGGUACAUCCCCGUACGCCACCACUGGCAAUUCAAGCGGCGGUGUUGCUCACCGCAGCAACCUCCCCCUCCCUCACCGCUUCGACACGGAAGUCGUGAGCCUACUCGGCAGCGAGGCCGGCACAGCACCCUCGCACGUGGUCGCGUCCUCCACUGCAUACGCAGUGCCCGUCGCCCCGCAUGACGUCGUAACGAGGCCGGCCCAAUACAGCGGUAUGUGGUCAGAGGCCAUCUGUGUGGGUGGCCGACACGCUCAUGGCGCGAGAGCCUCGGAUCAGGAGACGGCGGAUGCUGUCGUCGUGGCUGCCGGGGUGACUGCUGGCAGGCCAUCUAUUGGGCGGCCGCUUUUAGUGCUGACCCAGCCGGUUGGUGGCGCAGUGGCCACGUCUGGGUCGUGCACCCCACAGGAGGUGGAUGCACAGCUGCGCGCGGCGCUGCACCACCGUGCCAGCCUCGUCAGGGACCUCCGCCAUAAGAAAUCGCCAUGCACAUCGCCACCCCGCUCAGCGCCGCCUCAAGCUGAGGCGGCGGCAACGCUGGUGCACGACGACGGAUCAACAGGCAAUGAUGAUGAUGAUGGGCAUACCGCAGUGAAUGUCGCGGGCUCCCUCCCCCCGUGCGAUGGCGUCUUCUUCGGUGCUUCAGAGGUUUUGAUCAAUGCCACGGACAGCUGCGCCGUCGGAGACGACAGUGACGGUGCGCUGCCAAGCAGCCUUGACGUGGCGCCAGUGCCGCUAGCGAUGCUGACUGAUUACACACGAGCGUGGGCCCUCUAUACCGCUGCGGAGCGCGAGGUCGAGAGCCAUGCGCAGGCACUCGCGGCGGAAGACGCCGGCGUACUGGAGGCGGUCUCUCGGGCCCCAGAGCAUCGCCGGCGCUGUCAAGGAGAAGAGGAUGACGCGGCGUCUACCCUUGUCGCGAAGCUGCCUCGUCCUGCCAGCACCGCCGCCGCUGUGUGCUACCGCGAGAAAGAGCUCAGUUAUGGUGACCCAUCGCUUCAGGGGGGCAGCAUGUAUGUUUCGCCGCGCAUGGCGGCAGAGGCGCAGGCACUGAGGGAGGCGCGCAGGCGGCUGUCAGAGAUCCGCGCCUGCUUCAUAGCACCGCCCUCCCUCGGCGCCGCCAGUGUGUUGGGCAACGUAUCCGCAGGCAGGGUAACGGGGGUGGAUACUGCAUUGCGCGACGCCGCUCUCGUUCGCCAGCUCGUUGAUGCGACCGUGUUGAGUGUGCUUGAGACGCAACACCAGCAGUCGCAGCCGGACCUGGUACGGCAGGUUAUGGCUGCCCUGGAACACGAGAUUCUGCGUCUCAUGCUGGCCGGCUGCCUUGAGGAGGAGGUAGAGAGGGCAUCGGGAGCCGCCAUGAAGGUGAAGGCGCAUGGGCGACGGGAAAAGGCGCAGCAGCAGCCCCAGCUGGACGCCGAUCUUGCUCGCGCGCUCGCGGAAGCAACACUGGAGGACGCCGUGCACUCUGCUCUGGAGCGCUCUCGCCGUGGCAAGAAGGCGUGCCAAGCCGCCACUUCUCCCGAUGCAACUGCCGCCGCCACCAGUGAGACAACAGUGAUGGAUGCCCCUGCCGCACGCAUGGAUGCCCCUUCGGCAGCGGAGGUCGAACUUCAUGAAAGCGUACGCAUCCCCCGCACCGCACCCACCGCGUGGCUGCGAGAUGUUGACUCUCCACCGCCGCAACCGCAAGAGCCACCGCAACCGAGAGACGUGAGGAAUGCGCAGAGUGAGGCAGACACGAUCACAGCGACGGCAACAGUGGUCCUGCCGCCACCACGUGGCGACAACCACGCCGCCACAUGCUUUGCGGCGCUGCGAGCAGCAGAGCCAACCCCGCAGGAGGUGCGCAUUGUGGUCGACCUCAGCCCUGUCGUGCACCACAUGGGGACGCUGCGCGACCUCGCCGCUGCCAUGCCCGUGCACGACUCGAAGCAGCAGCAGUACUGUCCUCAGUCAUACCCACCAGUGCAACAGGAACAACUCCCCAGCCGGUGGAUGGCACUCGAGGAUCGCAGGGACGUCAUUGUGGAGGUGGAGACCCAUUUAGCUGUGGCGGAGGUGAAGGCAGAGGUGGUAGACGAGCACACGCGUGUGGCAGCGCCCACCUCCGACUACGGCGGCCUCCCGGCUCCGGCUGUAUCGACCACCUUGCCUGCAGUGCCGCUGCCGCUGCCGCUGCCAAUGGUAACUGUUUCGGAUUUGACUUCUGCGCAUGUGCACGGCACAACAGCCCUAGCAGAUCGCACGGCCUCGCGCGACCCACCGCAGCUCAUGCUGCUACGUCUGCUUCAGUCAGCACUGCUCGACCAGGAGCGGCUGCAGCGCACCAACCUGGCUGACCGUGAAGAGGAGCAGCGCCAGGCCCACAAGCUGCUCUGCGAAGUUGCGAAGGCCGCCGCAGAACGACGUAUGUUCGCAGUACAGCCCUCACCGUCGGUGGCGGCGAUCUCCACAGUUCAGUCUCAGCCGGCUCUGCCACAACAACUUGGGACCAACGCGGCCCCCGAUAAAGCACGGCACGAGGACGGGGAGGCGGCAGAGACAGCCAUGUCGAGAGUCAGUGCGCCGUCAUCGCAGAAGCCGCCUCUCGUGCGGGAUCCGGUGAUGGAAUUUGUCCUGGAGCGGAUGCGGCAGUUUGGCGCCUCGCAAGAGCAACGGCUAUCGAUGCGCGGCACGGGGACCGGCAUCUCCUCGGCUUCCCCGGUAGAGGACCUCACCGUCGCGGCGCAGACGGCGGGACUGCAUGACGCCGCACCACCUGCAGAGACCGCUGCUCACCGACCACUACCAGACCCCUUUGUGCGAUACGCCGCGUCACGCCCCUCCACGCGCAACCUCGGCUCCUCGACGACAACGGUGUCCUCGUGCUCGUCACUGUCGUCGUCUCUGCCCACGUCGUCGUCACUGUCGUCGUCUCUGCCCACGUCGUCGUCGUCGUCGUCAUCGUCAUCUCUGCUCACAGACCAGGCGUUAGGGCGGGCGAGGAUAACCGGCGACUGGUACAGCCGUGCGCAACACACAUGCGUGCCGCGCCGCAUCUCGUCGGGUGCACCGGUAGAGACGUCAAUGGCCUACUUGCGCCCGCCUACACGCAAGGCGCGGCCGGUGCUCGACACGCAGCGCGACGACGCCUCUGCGAGCACGGCGACGACACACUACACGACGGGGCGCAACUCUGUGGUGUUCCCCUCUGCUGAGAGGUUUCAAGAGGACAGAGCGGUACCGACAGGUUCGUCGGGCCUCCUCCCUCCUCGCGCCUCUGCCGAGGUGCAGGCAGCGCUGACUGCAGCGCUGCAUGCGCACCAGCAGGCCAAACGUGCCGACGUAUCGACAGCAACUCUGGCAGCGGGUUACCACGUAGAGGUGGAUGACAUCUCACUGGGCUCUCCCGUGGGCAGCCACCCCUACGCCGUCUCGCCGCCUGUGUCCACCGCAGCCGCUGUGCAGCGCAGCAGCCCUGCCAAGCUGCGCGCCCCACCACCCACAUGGUCCGCUAUGACGCAAGAGCGCGGCGAUGCGCGCGGCGGCAGCAGCAGCGGGGAGGCGAAAGGUGCGGUGGAUGAUGUGUGGAAGCCGACGCCAUCGGUGGCUACAAGAGAGAAAGUUGUGGGCCCAAUUGCCGUUGUAGGGCAUCGCGGUGCUCGGGAACAGCGCGCCACCAAACCACAGCCGACGUCGCGCCCUCGCACCGCCGCGUGGGCCUGCACGAGCUUGACAAGCACGUCUACCAGCAGCCACAGCGGCAACGGCGGCGAUCCUGGCAGUGGUCGCGAACCAAACCGCGCCUACUCUGCUCAAGACACCACUUUUACCUCUCCUGCAAUCGACGGGGACGCGCCGGCAUCCUCCGCGCUUCCGUUCCUGCCCGCUCGAACACGCCAUACAACCGAGCCGGCGAGGAGAAACAGCGUACCGCCCGCCUCCAUGCAUACGUCUCAGCCCCUGCCAGUCACCGCGGCCGCAGUGCCUUUGCCGUCCUCACCAUCAUCGCUGCAUGAGCACGGUCAGCUUCUCCAAGCACCGGUGCUGCGUGCCCAGCAGGAACAGCGUGCCGCGGAGUCGUAG